AUGGCGACCGGCGAUUACCAUUUUCCAUCGCAGGACUUGAGGGUGCCUAAGCGAAGGCGAGCGGAGCGUCCCCGCUCCUCGCCUCCGUCGGGUUCUGGGCUCACCGAAGACGAGAAGGAGUGCAUCCUUGCGCUCCUGGCCUUAUCAAGGGCUCCGGUCAUUCACGACGAGGAGAUGACUCCGGCGGAGGAAGCGAGGUCCUCGUUUUUGCGGCCGGAUGAGGAGGAGCAGAGCCAGUCGCUUCCGUUGCCAUCGUCGUCUCUACCGAAACAGCAGCAAGAGGUGCCUCCGAUUUCACCUCCGUCGCUGUCGCAGCAGGACCAGCCGCUUCCGCAACCUCCUCCGGCGGAGAGAGACUUAUCUCCUCUUCCGCCGCAACAAAACCAACCGCUUCCGCUACCACCUGCGGUUGAGGGAACCUUAUCUCCUCUUCCACUACCUCCUCCACCAGAUCGAGCGAUGUCUCUGGUUUUGUGCCCGAUGCCGAUUCGAUGUUAUCGACCUCCUCUGCCUCCGCCGCAACCGCCGAUCCAACGGCCGACUCCUUUUGUAUAUAUGGCGCCGACACAGCAGAACCAGUUGCAGUAUGUAUGCUCCGUGUGCGGCAAAGCAUUCUCUUCGUACCAGGCCUUGGGAGGCCACAAAACCAAACACCGGAAGCGCCCUGCCGAAAUCAGCGCCGCCGCAUCCGCCGCGUGGGUCGCCACCGGACCGACAGAUCAGAGCAAGCCUCACACUUGCUCUUUGUGCCCCAAGUCGUUCCCGACGGGGCAAGCGCUAGGCGGGCACAUGAGAGCCCACUACGAGGGCAAUAGACGACAAGCCACAGCCCAGAGCCGACCGGUGGCAGCAGCCCCGUCGUCUUCGCUGACGGAGUGCUCGACCUCGAAGGGCCUGGGAAUCGACCUCAACCAGCCGCUGACUCCGGAAGCAGAUUGGGCUACUGAAGAGAAAGCGGCCAUCUCUCAGCCGGCGACAGCAGCCACGUCCGAACCUACUCGCUUCUUUAAUUUCUUCUUUUAA